AUGGCUCCAGGGACUCCAAUCAAGAACCUCGACUCGCUCAAGGAGAAUAGACUGUUCAUCAAUGGCGAAUUCGUUCCCUCGGUCUCGGGCAAAACGUUUGACAUAACCAAUCCCACAACCGAAGAGGUCAUUUCUUCUGUCCAUGAAGCCGGUGUCGAAGAUGUAGAUCUUGCUGUCGAGGCUGCCAAGGCCGCCUUUCCAGCGUGGGCGGCUCUCUCAGCUGAGGAGAGGUGCGAUUACUUGUUCAAGCUGGCGGAUGAGAUUGAAAAGCAUGAGGAGUUGUUCAUGCACCUGGAGGCCACCGCCAUGGGAAUGCCACGGUCCGGAACUCAAUUUGUCUUGGGCAUGGUGAAGCGGUAUUUGAGAUACUUUGCCAGUCAUGCCAUUGACGUUAUUGGUGAGACUUCUCUCAACACCUCUGGAUACCUCAACCUGUCCAUCCGUCAGCCUUACGGAGUAUGCGGUGGCAUCAUCCCCUGGAAUGCUCCCUUGUUCAUGGUUGUCACCAAGAUUGGUCCAGCCCUGGCAGCUGGUAAUACCAUGGUCCUUAAGUCGUCAGAAAAAUCACCUCUUUCGUCCAUCGUCUUCGGCUUGUUGAGCCAGAAGGUCGGUCUCCCCAAUGGUGUCCUCAAUAUCCUGAGUGGAUUUGGUCGACCAUGUGGUCAGGCCAUCGCCAAGCACAUGGACAUCAGAAGGAUAUCGUUCACGGGUUCGGUCGCUACCGGGCGGGCCAUUCAGAAAGCCUCUGCUGAGUCUAAUUUAAAGGACGUCAGUUUGGAGCUUGGCGGCAAAAGCCCUUUGCUUGUCUUUGACGACGCACCCCUUGAGAAGGCUAUAAGGUCCGCUGCCUUCUCCAUCCUCUACAACUCUGGACAGGUCUGCAUGGCCAGCACCAGGAUCUACGUACAAGAAGGCAUCGCUCCCAAGUUCGCUGAAGCCCUCAAGCAGGAGAUGACGCAGCUGGGUGUCCCGGGAGAUCCUACGCUCGCGGACACAAAGAAAGGGCCUCAGGUCGACAAGCUGCAGUUUGAUCGCGUUCUGUCCUACCUCGACCACGCAAAGAGCCAAGGCUUUGAUAUUGCACUUGGUGGAAACAAGGCUGCUGACAAAGGUUAUUUCGUGGAUGCGACUAUCGUCCGCAAUGUUCCUGAAACUGACAAGUUGGUCAGAGAGGAGAUCUUCGGCCCUGUUCUGGUGAUCAAUACCUUCUCAAAGGAGGAGGAGGUCCUGAAGAGGGCCAACGAUACCGAGUUCGGCCUCUACUCGAGCGUAUUCACGAGCGAUGUGUCGCGGGCUGUGAGAGUUGCCAAAGCGCUAGAGGCUGGCGCGGUUGGGGUGAAUUGUACUAGCCCAUUCAUGGUUGUUGAUCUACCGAUGGGCGGAUGGAAGCAGAGUAGUGCAGGAGGUAGGGAGUUUAGCAAGACCUGUCUGGAUAGUUGGACGCAGUUGAAGAGCGUGUUUAUUUCUUUGUAG